UCAUUGAAUUUGAUGAAAUUCAAUGUAUGAAAAUAGUUACUGUUUAUGGAGAUUUUAAAUCUUUUUAAAUGGUGUGGCCAUUAAUUUAAGAUAGGCAUAAAAGUAUGCUGCAAAUGAAACUUAAGUUAAAAUUUUGGGGAAUACAUUAAACAUUUUGAGAGUGGAGAUAUUGAAUAAUAUAAGGAAAGUUAAAAAUUAUGGAUAUAAGAUAAGGGACCAAUUAUUGAAACAAAUAUUGGUUUUAUAUAAACAUAUUUAGAUCCAAUGAAAGUGAGUGCAGAAUAUGAAAGAUUUGUAUCAAUUGUAAAAUAAGAAGAAUUAAAAUUACUUGUAAAUUUAGUUGAAAAGGCAGAGAAUAUAAUUAAAGAUUUACCUUGGCUUAAGGUAUUUGAAAUUAAAAAGUUUAGUAGACCUGAUUUUACAUCUUUAGAAAUAUUGUCAUUUGCUUGUUUUGGUACACCAGUUGGCAUCAAUAUACUAAAAUAUGAUGAUAUUAGAUAAAAUUUAGGAUUAAAAAAUGUUAACUUAGGUAAUGUCUAAUAAUAAACCCAAAUAGAGAUUCUGUUAGAUUGUUAUAAAGAAUAAAUAUUGACUUAUUAAUAAAGUAUUAUAAAGAAUCUUUAUUUGUUGUAGUUGCAUUUCAUGAAUUGA